AUGGACCGAGGAAACAAAGACCCUGCACAUGUUGAGCGAGGCCUUAGAUCCGCCCUGAACAACCCACGCGUCUCGGAAGAAGCCAAGGAGCGCGAUCGUGAGAUCCUCGAGAAAGAGUUCAAGGACGACACAUCCCAGGGGGGCAAAGAUCCCGACCAUGUUGCCCGUGGACUCAAGGCGGCCAUACACAACCCCAAUGUUUCCGAACAGGCAAAGGAACACGAUCGACAGCGACUGGAGCAAAUGGGCGAAGGAAUGGCGGACUAA